AUGCAUUUUCUUUUAAUAACUCGUAUUUUUCUAACCAUUCCAUUGAUCUAUGGACAUAGUGAUAGUAAAACCACUAGUUCUGAAUCUAAUACUGCUCCAACGAAUGAUCUUGGUCUAACAUUUGGUCAUACAGUAUCUAAGCGUGACAAUGUUGUCGUGAUUUAUUUCGAUCUUUUUAAUUCAACGUUGAAAGACUAUCGAUAUUAUUAUUUUAAUUUUCGUUCAUUUGGUUCGUUUAGUGGUAAUGAAUAUUUGCCGCGACAACGUCUUCAUCAUAUACAUAAUUCGUUGCGUAUAAUUGGUUUACAUGAAGACGAUUAUGUUACAUGUCUUUCAUUUAUUGAUGAAUACGAAACAAUAUUUAAUCCUCGUUACGCUUGUUAUGAAUUUACAUUGGGUGAAAAAGUAGUCGGUUCACAUCAUGAAACAAAAUCAGGUUAUCUCGUUCCAGCAUUAGUUGUCGUUGCUGUUGUUUUACAUGUGUUGAUUGCUAUUAUUCAUUAUAUAAAAUCAAAAAAUUACGCCCACAAAUUAUUGCAUCGUUUUAUUGAUGUUACAUCGAAGUCGAGUAGACGAAAAAUAGUUCUUGAUGUUUCAUUAAAAGAACUGGAUAAAGAACUUGAUCAACCACAUAUACCAGCCUAUGCUCAACGUCGUCUAUCACGUGUUGCCAUAGAUGUUAGUAACGAAAACGAAUCGAACCAUCUUGAAAAUCAUUUAUUUGGCGAUCCGAAUGAUGAAUUACCACUGUAUACUUUACCUCAUCAUAGUCGACGAGUUAGUUUAGCUACUAUGGAAGCGAUACCCGAAGACAGAAAUACAGAUGCCAUAGAUAGUGCAUUAUCGGUUAGACAUUUACUUGAUUCAACUCCAUGGAUGAGACGCGCAAAUCGAACAAAUUCACUCUCUAUGCGAAAAACGAAUCAAUUACAUUUUUAA